GAUGGGGAGGGGCUGGUGAAGUUCGUCGGGUGGGUGAAGUCGUCGAAGGGGAACUUGACGACGAUGGUGAGGAUGAAGAUUAAGUUCAAGAAUCAGGUCGAGGUUCAGAACAGGGGAGCUGUCAGGCAGGUGGAGAUGAUCAACAAGGAGCGCAUGACCAUCGGCCAAACGAACGAGCGCCACCAAAUCCUCGGCCGAGUCCAACUCUUCACCGAAUCCCCUCUCCAAAUCCAGUCCUCCACCGUCAACGCCAUCGGCGGCGCCACAUUCCAAAAGACGAGGUUAACUCACCAGCUUCAGAUGCUCCUCAACCUCAACGACAACCAGGUCGUCACCUCCAGCGCCCUCACCGAUCGCCAGGACGCCGAGGGCUCUGCGCUUAUGCACGACAGCUCUCCCGUCUGGGGCAGCGGCAGCACGAAAUCUUACUACAAGUAUCGGGCCGACGGAACGUGUUACCUGAGGACGGUGAAUACAGCCGGAGGAGUCGUGACGACGGAUAAUGCGAGCCCGUCGUGCUCCGCCGUGGCUGAGAUUUAGGUAGGAAUUUUUUUUUAUCCUUUUUCUUUUGAGGUUGAAGAUGUACGUUAGUUUUGGUUUUGUAGUUUUGUGGAGUAUAUUUGUGUUGGGAAGAAUAACAAGGGGGAUGGGUACUACGGAGUUGCUCCUCAUGCUUUUGCUUUGAAAGUUUUGGAGGGGUGAGUUUUGUGUUUUUGGGGUAUUAAUAAGGUUGGAGAUGUAUUUGUGUAUUAGAUACUUGCUUAUUCA